CAGGGGCCCCGCGCCUCUCCGGUCUCCUCGUGCGUGUGCGUGUGCGUGUGCAUGUGUGUCCUCGGCCCAGCGCCCCGCCGAGUGGUGCCCGCGGCCGGGCGAGCGCGCGCGCGCCCGUGCGGGGUGUGUAUGUGAGUGUGUGACAGUGUGUGUCAGGUGACUCGGGUCACGCAGUCUCUCUCUCUCCCUCCUCCGGGAGGAACUGCCGCGCUCCGGCUGACUCCUCCGCCGGCGGGCGGGGCGGGGGAGGGGGCUUCGGGCGCGCUGGGAACCGCGGGACCCGGACCUGGGCGCCGCCCGCCGGGGGACGCGCGGCCCCCGCUUCCGCCGGGCCCCGCUGAGCUCUAGACAAACCUCCGCUUCAGAAAUAGGCUGCGGGCGGCCGGCUAGGAGGCUUGGCCCCCACCCCGGGACCCCCGCCGUCCCCGGGCCGGUCGGCCGGUGGGCGCGAUGAGCCAGGUGCUGGGGAAGCCGCAGCCGCAGGACGAGGACGACGCGGAGGAGGAGGAGGAGGAGGAUGAGCUGGUGGGGCUAGCGGACUACGGAGACGGGCCCGACUCCUCCGACGCCGAUCCGGACAGCGGCACAGAGGAGGGAGUUCUGGACUUCAGUGACCCCUUCAGCACUGAAGUGAAGCCGAGAAUCCUGCUCAUGGGCCUGAGGAGAAGCGGCAAGUCGUCUAUUCAGAAAGUUGUCUUUCACAAAAUGUCUCCCAACGAAACUCUGUUCUUGGAGAGCACUAAUAAGAUAUGCCGGGAAGAUGUUUCCAACAGCUCCUUUGUCAAUUUUCAGAUUUGGGACUUCCCAGGACAGAUUGACUUUUUUGACCCUACAUUUGACUAUGAGAUGAUCUUCCGGGGAACAGGAGCACUGAUAUUUGUCAUUGACUCACAGGAUGAUUACAUGGAAGCCCUGGCCAGGCUCCACCUCACGGUGACCAGGGCCUACAAAGUGAAUACCGACAUCAACUUCGAGGUGUUUAUUCAUAAAGUGGAUGGUCUGUCAGAUGACCACAAAAUUGAAACCCAAAGAGAUAUUCACCAGAGGGCAAACGAUGACCUUGCAGAUGCUGGAUUAGAAAAAAUUCACCUCAGCUUUUAUCUGACAAGCAUAUAUGAUCAUUCAAUAUUUGAAGCUUUUAGCAAAGUGGUUCAGAAACUGAUUCCACAACUCCCAACUCUGGAGAAUUUGCUGAACAUCUUUAUCUCAAAUUCUGGAAUUGAAAAGGCAUUUCUAUUUGAUGUGGUCAGUAAAAUUUAUAUUGCAACUGAUAGUACUCCGGUGGAUAUGCAAACCUAUGAGCUCUGCUGUGAUAUGAUAGAUGUGGUUAUUGACAUCUCUUGUAUUUAUGGUCUCAAAGAAGAUGGAGCAGGAACCCCCUAUGACAAGGAAUCCACAGCCAUCAUAAAGCUUAAUAAUACAACCGUGCUUUAUUUAAAAGAGGUGACAAAGUUCCUGGCUCUCGUUUGCUUUGUCAGAGAGGAAAGCUUUGAAAGAAAAGGGCUAAUUGACUAUAAUUUUCAUUGCUUCCGGAAAGCCAUUCAUGAAGUUUUUGAGGUGAGAAUGAAAGUAGUAAAAUCUCGAAAGGUUCAGAAUCGGCUGCAGAAGAAAAAGAGAGCCACCCCUAAUGGGACCCCUAGAGUGCUGCUGUAGGUGAGGUUUCAGGAACGUCUUUUGAAAUCAGACUUUAUCCAUGAGGCUGCUGCGCCAUGUUGCACUAAAGGAAGAGGAAGAAGGAGAUUGGGACACAUACCAUUGAUUUGUUGCUAAAAAAAAAAAAAAAAUUCCUGCAACCCUCUUGAUCUUCUCUUUUAUAAAUAAAGUAAGCACUUUGAAGCAAAAACUUGUAUAUUAACAGUGAUGUGAAAUCCAUUGUCAUUUCAUUACACAAAUGUAAACUUCUAUGGUCUGUAGUCAAAAAAAUCCCGUGUGAGAACUGCCAGGAAUUGUACAUAUUUUGCACUUUUUCAUGUUUCUCAUUGAACUGAACUUUGAUAAAACGACUUUUCUAAGCUUUUUUUCUGUACUUGGUGUCAAGGACAUGCAUACUGUAGUCCAUAUCUAUAUGGCAAUCAGAAAUUAAUCAAAAAGUGAUGCAUUGGUAAUGACUUUUUGUAAAUUUGGAAAUCUUUGCUACCAAUUGUUGAGAAAAAUCAUUUUUCAGUGGAGCUGGAACAGAUUGGAGCUACAAGCUCCAGGAGCAAUAAGAACUGUCCCCUAUUUAUAAUGGGUGUAAACAGUUUUGUAGAAUAAUGUUAGCACCAGACUUACCUAAAAAUUUCUAUAGCAGUGGCUGUGCUUCCCUGCUCAACGGUUUUUAUGAAGCUGUUUACCUCAACACACAUCUCUAUAAUCACUUUAUACAGAGAGGUUAUUUCUUUUUGUUGCAUUAGUAUUCUUUUGAAACUUUGGGACCAGAUUUCCAAAAUGGUGCCGAUCACUGGAGAGAAGUAAGAAUGUCACUGAAUUGUAGGGUUUCUGGAGGCUUUUCUGUACCUACCACCCAGGGCUAAAGUAACAUCAGAGGCCUCAAGUUGUCCCAAAAGUAUGUGAUUGGCAACUGCAGACUAAAAAACAUAUAUACAAUUCUGGACUUUUGGCCCUGUGCGAUGGUCUGGUGUGCUGCAUUUAAAAUGCUUAUUCAGGACCAGUUCUUUAUUGCUCCAUGACCAUAGUGAAUAGAACAAAUCGCAGAACCCCACCAUGGAGCUCAAUCCUGUUAGUCACUUUUGUCACCUCCACAUCUCCUUCUCACUGGUGAUAACAUGCCUCAUGUACUCCACUUGUUCCCACCUUAUGAUUAAGCCAAGCUCAGCCUGCCACCAGCAUGCUCUGCAAGGCUGAAGAGUCAUCCUGAAGACCCCUGAAGGUCAGUGGGAAAAGGAUGGCUGGAGAGACAUUACAAUUAGCUGUGUAAUUGUUUCUGUGAAAUUAUUUCACUUAUGUUUACUUUAGACUAACAGGAAAUUAAGAGUCCUAAAUCUACCCCUAUGCCAAAUCAUUCCAAGUAGAUAAUUUUAUGUGCAUCUCAAGGGUUAGCACCCUCUAAGGCAUGCUUGUGGGGCAUUAGAAAAUGAGAUUUUUUUUUUUUUUAAAGCAGAGCCUCCUAAGAACAUCAAAGUUGGUCCUAGCAAAAUAUAUAAAGUCUCUAAAGCAACUUAUACUUGAAACUUUUUUUUUUUUUUUUUUUUUUUUUUUAGAGGGGGGCCUCAUUCUGUUGCUUGUGCUGGAAUACAUCGGUACAAUCAUAGCUCACUGUUACCUCUUGGGCUCAAGGGAUCCUUCCACCUCAGCCUCCCUAGUAGCUAGAACUACAGGUGUGCACAACCACGCCCGGCUAAUUCUUAAAUUUUGUUUUUGUAGAGACAGGAUCUCACUGUGUUGCCCAAGAUGGUCUCAAACUCCUGGCCCCAAGCAAUCCUCCUGCCUUGGCCUCCUCAAAUGCUGAGAUUACAGGCCUGAGCUACCAUGCCCAGCCUAAACUUUCCCACUUCUCUCUGUGGCUUCUUUCCAACCUCUCUCCUUCCUCUCCCCAAGUCCUGUUUCUUUGAAGCUGGUAACUGAAUUUAAGAUGAUAUCUGGUUGGUGUUUAAGGUUUUAGCCUCCCAAGGGUCUGUGCAUUUUGAAAGGAGAUUUCUAAAAAUAAUUAAGGUGCCCUAACUCCUUUCCUCAUGAUUCCUACUCCGAAACCUGGAUGGUUAGGAGCCCAAGGCUCCCUGAUUUCCAGAGCUAUAUCCUGUUGGACCUUUGCCAACAGACCUGGCACUUAUGGGCUAUUGUUAUAAAUCUAAUUCUCUAAUAUUUUUUACAUGUUGUUUCACUUUGAAUAAGCAAAUGAAGAAUCAGUUUUCUAAUUUGACUUUAUCCUCAAGCUAGAGACACUAGCCUAUUUGGUAAAUCACACAUUACUUAGGUAUAUUUAUUACUAUAACCAGGUUGGAGCUUCCAUGUUUAAGCUGGGUAUAUGAUGGGUUUUUGUUAAAAUGUGCCUUAAAAAGCCUAUUACUUCAAGAGCAAAUGAUUCUUUGGGGGAAAGGCAAAAAUAAUUCUAUGACAUAGGGCCCAAGUUCAUGGUAGUAAGUGCACUCUUUGAUUAAUCACACGCUAAUAUAGAUUACUGCCUCUAACUUUGUAAGUGUGGCAAUGACUUCUUAAUUAAAGAAAGAUGCAGGAGUUAUGUCUAAGCGUUCAGUUUUUCAAAUCUGUGUUAUUGGAAAUGUCUUCAAGUCAUUUUGCAUUGUAUUUUUGAUAUGAGAGGCAGCUUAUUGCGAUGUGUAUGGCCAUGUUUCAUUCUCAAAUUUAAUUCUAUAAAUACAAAUCCUAAAUACAUGGCUACAGCAACUGCACUGGAACAUUUUUGCUUGGUUUUAGGGAUUGAGAACUUGCCUUGCAGGUUUCCUUCCUCAAAAGGAGCAGGGCAGUCCUUUCCCUGUUGAGUCAAUUAGAAUUUUUACAUAGAGGUGAGACUGUGAAUUAUUUUGGUUAUUUUCAGUGAUGUAGAUUAGUGUGAAUGACCAGGGUGGAAUGUUUUUGAAGGAAUAUAAAGCAAAAACCGGUUGACAUUCACAAACUGUUCUUUUGUGAACAUAUUUUGGACCCUUAAAUAUGACUAAAAUCACAGCAAUAUUGUUACAUACGGGUUAUAUGCCAACUCUGUUUGAAAUAUACUCUGGAAAAACAGCUGAAUUGUCUUGGUUAUUAAAGUAUGGUAUGUAUUCAACUUGUACAGACUGGAUGUAAUUUGUAAUCAGGUAUAGUUCAUGUUUUACUUUAAGCAGUACAUCACUUAAUAACCAUUGUUAAGCCAUUGCUUUCAAGAAUGUUAACUGCCAAUUUAAAAGCAUGUGUCCUAGGUUCAUGCUUUGGUAAAGCUCUCAUUUCAAGUGUAUUCAUAGCUAAGCUUUCUGGGAGCAGAAUUGUCUCUUUGGUGAAAAGGAAGUACAGCCUUUCCUGUUUCUGAUGUUGCUUACCAUACAUGUAUGUCACUGUUUCAUUGGCCCUGUUACAUCCAUUUGGUAAAAUUUAUUUGUCCUGAUUAACCAGCUGUCAUUUUAUGGAAAUGAUGAUAAAUCUCACUACUUAAAUUUAAUUUAUGCUUUUAUUUUUAAACUCUCUUACAUCUCCACAUUUUUGAUGGGUACAUGCCAGUUAGGGCUGUAGAACUGUUACUUCAGUAAACUUCAGAUAUUAACUCUUGCUGCUAUGGCCCUAAUCCCCUAGUCAUAUGGAAAUCCUUUUCCUAACAGUUUACCUUAUCAUUCUUAACUUUGCUUAGUAAGAUUCCAUCCUACAAUGACCUUUUUCAGAUCCCCUAGGAAUUCUCAGAGAGGGGCUAGCAUUAGAUGUUAUAUCUCAAAUAUGAAAUCCUGUUCCUGGUUGGAAAACCUGAUCUGAAAUAAUUAUUUCCAAGAUUUUACAUCAGUAGUGAUGUUGAGCUUAAGAGAAAGAAAAUUUUGUCUUCAACAGAAGUAUUUAGUAAUAAUAGAUACUGAUUGAGUACACACAAUAUGCCCCAGGCACUGCUCUGAAGUACUUUUGCAUAACUAAAAUUCAUAAAUCCAAGAGGUAAGUACUGUUACCAUUUCUAUUUUUCAGAUGAGGCAACCAAGGUCAAAAAGAUGAAAUAAUAACUUGCUCAAGAUCAUAUAGCUAGUAAGCCCACUUUCCCAACUACAACUAUAAGUAGCUUCACCAAAUGUUUAAAAAAAAAAAUACCUUCCUUUCACAAAUAUGAAGAGGGGCACUUAGAGGAUUUGUCUGGUGGACUAAGACUAUGGGGUGUGCCAUGCCAUUUGAGGAUGCAAAAGGAGGGCGGUAUUCAGGAGAGUGUGUCAGAGCCCACCAGACACAUUGGAGUUUAUCCACCUAAACUACUAAUUACUACAUGGGCAUGAAUGCUGGCAUAUUGAGAAAGAAGUACCUAUUCUUACAUGAGCUCCCCUGGCAUAUUUAUAGAACCAAUAGGAGCAGUCUUCUAAAUGUACUUCACCCAGAGAAGAAAGUCAAAGAUCAUGCAUUUUUAUUCCUAACCCAUUAAAUAACUCUAAUGCUGAAGAUGGUAUUAAGUGUCUAAAUAUCUAAAGAAAAUGUAAAUACCUUUUACAGCCAUUUGGUUUUCUAAUAGGCAAUAGUAUAUUUCAAGCUCAGAAAUCUAAGAGAGAAAAAGCCUUUGGUCUUAACUGUAUUCAAUUUUUUACCUUGAGAUUUCAAUAUAUGUAAAAAAAAAUAAAAUACUGAUCUGGAAUAAAAUCCAAAAAGGUAUAUUUCCAUCCUAAUUCUUUUUUGACCUUCAGAUCUAUAUCUUAAAUUGCAAUUAGCAUGCUUUUGCUAGAAUCUUCUAUAGGUGAAAAGCCUCAAAUCUAAUAUGUCUAAAAUUGGCUUCCUUCUUGCUAAAUCACCUAUGAUGGUGUGACUUUCCUCCCCGUGCUUCUGCCAGACACUUGGGCCUCAUUCUUGACUCUUCCCUCCCCUCCUGUUCACCUGCAGUCAGUCACUCGGUUCUUUCAGCUCAGCCUUACAAAGGUCUAUUGAAUCUGUUCCCUCCAUCUCCUCUGCCAUUAUCUUGGUUUAGACCACCAUCUCCUUUUUACUUGGAUUUCAGUAUUUUUUUUUUUUUGAGAGACAGUCUCAUUAUGUUGCCCAUGCUGGAGUGCAGUGGCAUGAUCCCAGCAUACCAUAACCUCAAACUCCUAGGCCCAAGUGAUUCUCCUGCUUCAGCCUCCCAAGUAGCUAGGACUACAGGUGUGCCCCACCACACCUGGCUAAUUUUUGUUUGUUUGUUUUUUUGUAGAGAUGGAAUGUUGCUAUGUUGCCCCGGCUGGUCUCAAACUCCUGGGCUCAAGUGAUCCUCCCAUCUUGGGCUCCCAAAGUGCUUGGAUUAUAGACAUGAGCAACUGCAUCGGACCUUUCAGUAGCUGUUUAACCAGUGUCUCUCUACCCCAUUCAUUCAUUCAUCCAUCCAUCCAUCCAUCCUUCACACAGACCCCGAGUGGCCUCUCUCAACCACCACAAUUCUGACCUUCCUUGCUUCCUGACCUUCUUAAGCUUCCUUGCUUAACACCCUCCAGGUCUGAAGCUCUCCAUGACUCCUAGAUAUCAGCCCAAACUCCUUAGCAAAGUUCACAAGACCCUGCUCCCUGGCCUUGCUGCAUCUCUGGACUUGGUUUAUUCUCCCUCAAUGUGUUGAGGACAAGCAUGCCUAAAAGAGUGUGGGGUAAAUAAAAGGAGCCAUGAGUUUUGAUUCUUUUGUCAAUAAUGAUUGCUAAAUCUCCUAUGAUGGUGUGACUUUCUGAGGGAAAUUAACAAUGUUCUUUUAUCCAACAGAUAUUUAUAGGGUUCCAAUUAUAUUCCAGACUCUGUGCUAGAGAAAUGGCUAAAAGGCAGAUACUGGAGAUGAAAGGAUUUUAAUAUCUAAAAAUAAUGAAAAAUAAACUAAUUUUUGAUAGGUCCUUAUAGAUGUCAGUUUUUAGAACUGCAGUUGUGUAGGACUUUACCACUGUGUGCAGCAGAGACCAUGGAUAAUAACUAGCAUCCAAGAAAUUGAGUUGUUCAACCGAUAGAUCAAUAGCUAUAUUUACUAUUAAUUUAAUGUAAGACUAAAUAGAAGUAGGCUGUAAAUUCGAAAUGUUUAUUGACAUGUAGUGCUUUUCCUUGUAAUUAAGAGGUGAAUUAUCUUAAAAGUAGGAAGUUUUAAAUGUUAUUUUAAUAUUCAUACUUUUCCAGCUUAAUACAUAUAUGACAUCAAUAUCACUUCCAGAAUUAGAUUUAAUAAAAAGUUUAUUUGGCUGGGCGCGGUGGCUCAUAUCUGUAAUCCCAGCAGUUUGGGAGGCUGAGGUGGGCGGACCAUGAGGUCAGGAGUUCAAGACUAUCCUGGCCAACAUAGUGAAACCCUGUCUCUACUAAAAAUACACAAAAUUAGCCCAGUGUGGUGAUGUGUGCCUGUAAUCCCAGCUACUCAGGAGGGUGAGGCAGGAGAAUCGUGUGAGCCCAGGAGGCGGAGGUUGCAGUGAGCCAGUAUCGCGCCAUUGCACUCCAGCCCAGGCGACAGUGCAAGACUCCAUCUCAACAAAAAAAAAAAAGUUUAUUUUACUUUUCUACCCUUUUCAAUCUGUUCGUACCAGGGAACUAUUUAUAAGAGUGUCGCCUAAGAAUGUUUAUAUUCUCUUAACAUGUCAUCAGGAACAGUAGAAUAUGUGAGAAAAAUCUGAUGGUAAAUGCAGAACUCUUUCACAUCAUUCAGAAUUUUGAAAGGCUGGGUGAUUUUAAAAUGUGUCAUACUUGUCCUAGAGGUCCUCAAAAGACCUACUUUUAUCAUAAAUUACAGUUAAGUUCAGGCAGUGAUCUUAUUUCAGUUGUAUCAUCAGUAUUUUGCAAUAGUCCUGGGAAAGUGAAAAUAUAAGCUCUAGUAGUCUCGUUCAUGAUUUUAAGAUACCAAUUUGAAGUAUCAUAUUAUUCCAAGAAACAACUUAAUUCCAUGAUUUAAAAAAAAAUCCAAAACAAUAUUGUUAGAACAGUGCAACAAAUAUUUACAAGUCAAUAGUCUUUUCUUUGUAGAAUAUUACAUUUAUGGUUUCAAUAAAUGAUUUAGCAGUUAAAGCUGAGAUGAAGUAUGGUUCUCAUAUUCAAUCUUGAAAAACUAAACCAUCUUUAAAAAGUAGAACGUCCAUGUGAACUCAUGCCUGAAGCCAUGUUUGAACGCUAGGUAAAAUUGCCCUGGGACAGAACUGUAGUUCACCUUUAUGAAAUCAAUUUUAAACUUGUUAUUGUGAGCCACAAUAAAUACAGUUCACAUUGCAAACUAUCACACACUCAUACAAAUGUUACUAAAAAAACUUACCAAGUUAUAUCCUCUCUACAUGCAAUGCAUUCUGGUAUUUUCUCUUUCAUUUGCUUUUUUAAAAAGGUCCCACAAUCCACUAAUGAGUCACAACCUGUGGUUUGUAAAGUAGUGUUAGAAUGAACCCAUUGGCCACAUCAGAAAUAUCUAAGGAUUUUCUUUCCAACCUAAAAUCUUUUCCUUCUUCGUUAAUUAAGAGAUCUUAACAAAUGGGAAAUUCUGAGUAAGUUCCUGAAUUUUUCUUUCAUUUGAUCAUGGCCUUCUAGUGUUUACUAAAGUGGUUUUUCUUUUCACUGCCAUCCUUGGGUAUUUUUGUAUACUGGGUUGUAUUAGGGGUGAAGGGUUGAUGGGGUUGUAGGCCUGAGAGAAUCAUUUUUAUUACAGACUCUAUCCUUGACUAUAAUAUGAUAGCGUUACAUGGAGUUUAGUGACUCAUGAGCUCAUGUCUGACUCCUAAGGGGUCCUUUGUUAAUUCAGAUGACAUUGGUCUUAUCCGUUAUCAAGAAUCCAUGAGUUUGGCCGGGUGCGGUGGUUCAUGCCUGUAAUCCUAGCACUUUGGGAGGCCGAGGCGGGUGGAUCACAAAGUCAGGAGUUCAAGACCAGCCUGACCAACAUGGUGAAACCCCGUCUCUACUAAAAAUACAAAAAUUAGCCAGGAGUGGUGGCACGCACCUAUAAUCCCAGCUACUCA